AUAAGCUCGUCGUGCGUUGUUCCAGUAACAACAUUUGCGCGAUCCUGACUCUCACUUUCCAGCGUUCUUCGCGAAAUCGCGGUUCUCUCGCUCUACCGAUUUAGUGCACGCAUAAGUUGACACAAUCGAGAUGGCGGGGAACGACAAAUCGGGUAUCCUGUACCUGUUCGAUCGGCCUGCGGAACCGGUGUACGUGCCCAAGGGAGAAAAGAAAGUCGCUUUCGAUAUACCAGCCGACUACUUGCCUGAAAAUCGACAACCGGCGGCUCCCGAGGUAUUGAACCGUUUCGCGGAUGACACCGAGCGGAAAAUCCCGGUGAAGCAGAUUAGUCUGCCGGACUUGAGCGUUCCCCUUCAACUUGGACGUCGAGAACCUUUCUCUCUGUUCAUCCCGAAACAUCGGAAAUUAGCCGCACGGCUCAUCGAUAUCUUCCUGGGUAUGCGAACGUACGAGGAUUUCCUUUCGGUGUCGGUUUACUGUCGCGACCGCGUUAAUCCCCAAAUGUUCAUCUACGCGCUCUCGGUGGCGAUCCUGCAUCGUCCCGAUACCAAAAAUCUGCCGAUACCACCGCUGACGGAAGUUUUCCCAGACAAGUACAUCGACAGCGGGGUAUUUGCCAGAGCGAGAGAGGAGGCUAACGUUGCACCGGCUGGCUCCAGGCUGCCGAUCGAAAUUCCACGGGAUUACACCGCGUCGGAUCUCGACGAGGAGCAUCGUGUGGCAUAUUGGAGAGAAGAUAUCGGGCUCAAUCUUCAUCACUGGCACUGGCAUCUGGUCUAUCCAUUCGAGACCGACAUCAGGAUUGUUAACAAGGAUCGGCGUGGCGAGCUGUUCUACUAUAUGCACCACCAGAUUCAAGCCAGAUACAAUAUCGAGCGUCUGUGCAACCGAUUGGGUCGGGUGAAGCGCUUCCACAAUUGGCGCGAGCCGAUCCCGGAGGGUUACUUCCCCAAGUUGGAUUCUUUGGUGGCCAGUCGCACUUGGCCCGCCCGUCCCGCCGGCGCCGUUCUCAAGGAUAUUAACCGGCCGGUGGAUCAACUGAAUUUCGACCUGCAAGACCUGGAAAGAUGGCGCGAUCGUAUCUACGAGGCUAUUCACACCGGUUCCAUCAUCAACCCCCGCGGCGAGAGAAUACCUUUGACCGAGUUCGGAGGUGUGGACGUACUCGGUAACCUCAUGGAGGCCAGCAUCCUGUCGCCCAAUCCCAAUGUCUACGGGGACCUUCAUAAUCUCGGCCACGUCGCCAUCUCCUACUGUCACGACCCCGACCAUCGUUACUUGGAAACUUUCGGCAUCAUGGGAGAGCCAGCCACCGCUAUGAGAGAUCCCAUCUUCUACAGAUAUCACGCUUUCGUCGACGACGUGUUCCUAGAGCACAAGAAUACACUUCCCGAGUACAGCCUACAGCAGUUGGACUUCCCCAAUGUGGAGAUCACGAAUAUAAGUGUACAGACUCCGAAUCUGCCGGCGAAUCUGCUUUCGACUUUCUGGACUAAGAGCGACGUCGAUCUGUCCCGCGGUCUGGACUUUACACCGCGCGGUCCCGUGCUCGCCAGAUUCACUCAUCUGAAUCAUGCCGACUUCACCUACAGGAUCGUCGCUAAUAAUCGCAAUAAUGCACCGCGCAGAGGCACCGUUCGUAUAUUCAUCGCGCCCAGACAGGACGAGCGCGGGCUGCCGUACGUGUACAGGGAUCAGAAGGAACUCAUGAUCGAGAUGGACAAGUUCACCGUGUUAUUGAGACCAGGAGAAAACACCAUCGAGCGCCGAUCGACGGAGUCCUCGGUGACUAUACCGUUCGAGAGGACGUUCCGCAACCUCGAGGAGAACAGACCGAUCGGCGGCGAUACCUUGGACCAGUACAACUUCUGCGGCUGCGGCUGGCCGCAGCACAUGCUGGUACCUAAGGGAACGAAGGCGGGAUUCCCGAUGGACCUCUUCAUCAUGAUAUCCGAUUACACCGGUGACGCGGUGGAGCAGGAGGAGUCGACCGGAUGCAAGGACGCGGUGAGCUUCUGCGGGCUGCGGGACCGCAAAUAUCCGGACGCGCGGCCCAUGGGCUAUCCGUUCGAUCGUAGACCGCGUGCGGGUGUCGAGACCCUGGCCCAAUUCCUCACCGGCAACAUGGCGGUCGUGGAGAUCAACAUCCGCCACACGGACACGGUGUUGCCGCGGGCGCGUUCCGGAAGCAUGAGCAACACCCUCACCUUCGCCUAAUGAUUGACCGACCGAUCGCGGCGGACCGCUCGCUCACGCGUCUCCGGAGAAUUCCAACGGCGAUCCCUGCCGCAUUCCCGCGAUCCUGUAAUAUCCGCCGGAGAAUCGCGACUGAUUGCGUGGAAACGAGGACGCGCGCGACACGGUCCCAUCUAGUCUAUAUCCUUGGAGAGAGUGAGAGGGAGGGAAAAAGGUCGAAGAGCGUGACGGGAAGGGGAGCGGGCGAAACGCUAUUUCCAUAUCGCGAUGACGGAAGAUUAUCCGCGGGACUCCUCGCGCAGGAACGCGCGAGCUUACGCGUGUUAAUCGCUGAAACUUCGACAUGGUGACCCACCGUCUGGCGCGAUGAUGAGCGCGGAAUCGCCGUCGCGGAAUCGUGUCGUAGAACUCAGCGUCUCUUCGCUCUCUUCAUCAAAUUUCUUUAUUAUUAUUAUUAUUAUUAUUAUAUAUAUAUAUAUAUAUAUAUAUAUAUAUAUGUGUAUAUAUAUAUUCACGUGUUUUCCUCCGGCGGAUUUAAUAGCUGUUCCCAUACGAAAAUUGCGCUUUGCGCGAUACCUGUAUAAAUUAGAGGCAAUUUCAACUUUACGAGCGCGGCCUUCAGACACAACGUAUUAAUUAAGCGUUCGAAUGCGAUUUUCAUUUCGGGCUUGAUGAGUCUUUCGCAGAUUUUGCGAGAGCCACGCAUGCGUAUUUCAUUAAAUGGCUUUAUAAGAAUCGUUAUAUUUGCGAUUUCACAAUUCGCGCAUUUAUACGAGCAAUAAGUACCGCUUAACAUAUGCAUUUCCGCGUAAAAACAGGAACAGAGAGACGUCUCACGGACGCCCAAGCAAAGCUUUUCCCGCCUCCUUUCUCUCGUUUCACCCGCAUUACGGGAACUAGAUUGUAGAAAGCAGCAAAUGUAAAAUGCAAAAAAAGAUAAAAAAUAAAGUCAGACUAUGCAAAUUA